CUUCGUGUCGUCUCAAUAUAAGCACUUUAUGCUCAAUAUCUUCUUGCAGAUAAUAAAGCGCGCACAACUCACUAUCAAGCCAUUCAGAUCACAUAUGCCGUCAUCAGAUACUGAGCAGCUGCAUGGGGACAGCAAGCGGGCAAAGAUUUCGGCGGAAGCACCAGCCGCAACGCCUGCUGAGGAGACAGUUGCAAAGCCAGCGCCUCAAUCCACCACUUUCUAUCAGACGGAAACAGACGUUGGCAUCACUGAAUUCAUCACGCCUGGAUGGAAAGGGUUCGAUGCUGUGAUCAAGCACCGGUUCUGCGACUUCCUUGUCAACGAGAUUGACCUGUCAGGCAGGGUCGUCCACCUGACAUCGUUUACGGACGCAGAUGACCCAGCGCCUCCCAAAGACGAGGACGACUUGGAGGUGCCUGAAGACCCAAAGGAGGCAUUUGAGGAGGCAUUCAAGCACCUGGCAGAGAUCCUGGGCGCGGAGGACGCACAGCAUAUCAGGACACUGCUAGAAUCCGGCGAGGACACAGAAGCGGCGUUUGUGCUGGAGCGGGAGCUGGACAAACACACACGCACGCGUAUUUACGGCGUGACAAACAACUUUUUGCCUACUCGUGUCUCUGUCAACACGCAGGACGGGCAGAUGGUGUUCAAGCGGCUGCCGCCCAACUCCAAGCCGAAGAGCGGACGCCGCCGGUGGGAGCAUGUGGGCGAGUUCUGCCACUUUGUGAUGCAGAAGGAGAACCGUGACUCGAUGGACAUUCUGAACCAGCUGGCGAAGCUUCUGCGUGUCAAGCCGGGGUGCUUUGGCAUGGCGGGCACAAAAGACAAGCGCGGCGUGACGGUGCAAAAGUGCUCGUCGUUCAAGAUCGAGCAUAGCCGGCUGAUCUGGGCGUCGCUAAAGCUGCAGGGUGCCAGACUUGGCAACUUCAGCUACGCACCCCGCGACUUGAGCCUUGGCGAUCUUGCUGGCAACCAGUUCCAAAUUGUCCUCAGGUACGUUGAGGGAGCCGAUCCUGUGUCGCUGCAGCCAGUGCUGGACGGAAUCACAAACACAGGGUUUAUCAACUACUUUGGCAUGCAGCGGUUCGGCAACAGCAGCGUGCCGUCGCAGGCCGUGGGUAUUGAGGUGCUGAAGGCCAACUGGCAAAAGGCGGUUGAUCUGAUUCUCAUGCCGCGCGAGGGCGACCACUUCAAGGUGGCCAAGGCGCGUGCCAUCUGGGCCGAGACCAAGGAUGUCCAGGGCACUCUGUCUGCGAUGCCGCCGCGUAUUGCCAUGGCAGAGCGCAGCAUUCUGCUGCAUUUCCUCAAGACCAAGAACCAGAGAAACUGCGCUGGUGCGUUCGGCACAAUCCCGCGCAACCUGCGGCUCAUGUACCUGCACGCGUAUCAGUCGUUUGUCUGGAACUCGGCCGUCAGCAAGCGCAUUGAACUAUUCGGUAUGCAGGGUCCAGUGCCUGGCGAUCUGGUGAUCAAGGCAGAGGGUUUCAAGGCAGGGAAGACCGACGAGCAGACGGGCGAGCGCGUCCGGCAUAAGCCGGUGGUGGUGACCGCGGAGAAUGCGAGCGAGUACUCGAUCUACGAUGUGGUCUUGCCACUGCCAGGUGCUGCAAUCGAGUACCCAGAGAACCAGGUCAAGUCGUUCUAUGUGGACCUUAUGAUGAAGGACGACCUGUCGCCGUUUGCCCUCGGCAAGCAUCCGUCAAAGGAGUAUCGGACUGGCAGGCGCCCAAGGGACUUUUCGUACGAGUGGAUGCGGUACGACGAUGGCGAUCUGCCGCUGCUGUUGACUGAUGUCGAUAAAAUCAUGGAGAAGGAAGAGCCCAAGUCGCUGGAGAACGGGCAGCAUCUUGCGCUCAAGCUAAAGUUUGACCUGCCGUCCAGUGCGUAUGCAACAAUGCUACUGCGCGAGCUGAUGCGUCAAGAGACUGCCAGCGGAUACCAGUCCAAGAUGAGCGAGCAGAAGGCAGACCAAGCCGCCGGCCUGUAGGCGCCAGAUUUUUAGUAUGUGAAGGUUCCAAAAAUAUCCAGUGCCUAGAAAAAAAUUGGCCAUGCCCAG